AUGUUCUUUACCGCGAUUUUGCGGACGCUCAUCGGAGAGGACAUUACCGUGGAGCUUAAAAAUGAUCUUAGCAUUCGAGGGCGUCUAGAGGCUGUUGAUCAGUACUUGAACGUGCGCUUGGCGCAGGUGCAGGUUCAUACGGCGGCAGCUCCGCCUGUGCUGCAGCUCUUGCACGGCUCCUGCACCGUGCGAGGCUCCUGCAUCCGCUACAUCCACCUACCAGUAGAGAAAGUUGAUACCGAGUUGUUGCAAGAAGCGACGCGGCGCGUAGCAGCGGCGACGAAGGAAACCCAGACCAUGAAGUAG